AUGUUGCUACGGCAAACUCAUCUGACAACGUUGGGUACAUGGGUAGCCACAUUGCUUCUCGGAUGUGCAUUUACGGCGGUCGUCUUUGGUGGCUUUCGAGGGCAUUCCUUGGAUAUUUUGACUAACCGACUGAAUCUUCAAUCCUCUAGAGCGUAUGACCCUCAGCUUGUUUCAUUCUGGAAGGACCUGGCCACUGCUCUUGAGGCAGCGCGACCGCAGUGUGCUCCCAUCAAUGUCACCGCUGGGGAGAUGUCCGACCACGACAAGAACUGGGAACCACUGUUGGAAAAACAGAGGCCCAAGAAGCUAAAUCUUCCCGAGGAAGACGAGAUUGAGCUGACGAGAGCCCAUCGCCAGAUGAGGCUUGCAGCGCGCCGCCUCGCCCCCGCUUUCCCCGUCGGUGAGGGCAAAGGUAUCGUUACCACGGGGGGCCUCAAGCUCUUCACUGUCUUACUGGUAUCUCUUCGAAUGCUUCGCCGCACAGGCUGUUCGCUUCCUGUCGAGGUAUUUCUGGGUGACCGAGCGGAAUAUGAGACGGUGGUGGAUACCUGCGAGAAGAUACUCCCACGGCUGAACGCUCGCUGUCGCGUCAUCUCCGACAUAUACUUUGAGGCGGACGUUGCCCCUCCAGACCACUUCCAGUUCAAAGUCCUCGCCAUCUUGUUUUCGUCUUUUGAGCAUGUUCUCUUCCUGGACGCCGACUCCUUUCCCGUGCAUGAUCCGACGCCACUCUUGAGUUCUCCCCCUUAUACCACCCACGGGCUCGUAACAUGGCCGGGAUUCUAUGCGAAUGCAGCAUCAUCGCACUUCUAUCACAUAGCCGGUAUCGAAGAGCCUCCCGUAAACCGCGGCACCGAGUCAGGGCAGCUGUUGUUGAACAAACACCACCACCGCGAGAGCUUGCUGAUGAUGGUAUACUACAAUUAUUACGGCCCAGAAUACUAUUAUCCGCUCCAAGCCCAAGGAGGGCCAGGACAAGGCGACAAGGAGACCUUCGCAGCUGGAGCCCUGGCGGUCAAUGCUCCGGGACCCUUCUACAAAGUGAAGACACCCGUGAUAGCACUCGGACAGACCGUCAAUGGCCAAUAUGUGUUCGCAGGCGCCGCGCAGGCCGACCCUAUACAGGACGUCGCAUAUGAGCCGCCACCUCCGAACCACAUACUCAAGGACUAUCAAUGGAGCGAAGACGAUGCCAUUGCUGCACGUGAGCCUCAUAAGGCGAAGGCGAGAGCUUUCUUCGUGCAUACGGUCUCUGAGGGUACCAAGCUGGAUCCAUCGAAGCUUCUGCGCGAAGGGGGCCUGGCAUGGGACCCGAAUGGGAAUUUCCACCGCAUAUGGGGGGAUGAAAAGUGGGUGGUGGAGAAAUUCGGAUUCGAUGUGGAGAAGAGAAUGUGGGAGUGCGUGCAGGAGGAGGCCUGCAGGAUGGACUCUAAGCUGUGCAGUGAAGUAAAACGGUAUCGGAAGAAGGUCUUUAGUAUGACGGGGUCGUAA